AUGUCAUUGACGUCCAGCCUGGUUUUCCAUGAAGCGCCGCUUUCCCAACAGCAGUGAGCGGCACCGGCCCGGCGUCUGUGUCACAUGGCUCGAUAUGGGUGAAGGGUUUUCAGUUUUACAGCGGUCACCGAGCCAAAAGUAGUUUCAGGCUGAAGUAUGUACACUUACUAUGAAAAACAGGAAAACGAAUCCUUGGACUGAGUCUAUGUAACCGUGUGACUGCCACCCGCUCGGAGUUUCGCUUCUACUUUAAGUUUUCUCCCCACAGCUGUUCCUGGAAACGUGGCUUGUUUACGUGACAGUUGUGAAUGCGUGAACGAUACUUAUUUAAGUUUUUAUUCGGUACAUAUUUCCACCUUUGUUGUAGACAACUGCGCAACAACUCUUCACCUCCCGGGUUGUUGUUUUGGAGUCCCGUGUGAACAGCUGACACACCAACGGAAGUCCAACCCGCCCCGGAGUUGAGCGGAUCCUCCAUGGGACCCAUCCCAGUGUGAGGAUGAUCGGGUCUCCGGACCUGCUGGCCUUCACCGGCACCGUGGGGUUUGGGGAGGGAGAGGAGGAGGAGGCUCUAUCUGAACAACUCUCUGUCCCCCUGUUACCUCCACCGAACCCCUGGACCUCAACCUCCCAGUUCAACAGAGACUUCAUACUGGUGGCUGAAUUCUCAGAGCAGGUGGGACCCAAACCUGUGCUGAUGAUACCGGACGACCCCAGGUUCAUUGGAUCAUUCGACCUCAACCACUUCUCUGUGCGCAUCAUGUCUGUGGACUACCAGGCGUCGGGCCCCGGCCACACCCCUCCUGCAUCCCCCGGCCCCCGUCUCAACUUCAGCGAGGACUCCAAAGUUAUUCUUGGGGAUUCAGCGGAUGAUGCAUUUGCAUAUGUGCAGCACAUGACCCUGUAUGACCUUGAAGCUCGGGGUAUGGUGCGUCCUUUCUGCAUGGCGUACGUUUGCUCCGACCAGAGGAAGCUGAUGGAGAACUUCUCUGAGCUGUCGACAAGCUUCUCUCAGGCCUCCGACAGCCUUAAGACGGGAAACAGACAGGCUUUCUCUUUGGAGCUGCAGAGAAAAUUGCAAGAGCUUGAGUAUACACGGUUGGCUUUGCAUCAGGAGACUGAUUCUCCUCCAAGGAGGGUAAAUGGGUUUACAGAGGAGGGAGAGAAAGCAGAUGAGCUUGAAGCUGUAGAGCAUUCAAUCCUUAAUCAUAGAGACCUCUUGCGCCAGGUCACUUCCUACCCAAACAGGAAUCUGAAAUGUCCUGACUUCCUGCCUUACGACCCAGCCGACUCCCUCAAUGAUACAACAGCAAUACUGCCUCCUGAGCCCGGUUCCUCCACCACCCCCUCCUGCAGGUCCGAACGCCGUCUGAAGCCUCUCCAGGAGCUUUGCAACUCCUACUUCCUGUCUCUGAUGAAGGAGCAACUUGCUGACACAGAGCGACGUCUACGUGGCGAUAGGAGUGUGCUGCGGACGACUAGUACCAUACAGUCGUUGUCCCGGAGGCUCACGCUCACCAACUUCCUGUUUGAGCUUUGGAGGCCAGAGGAGGGAUCUGAGGAAGAGCGAGAGAGCGCUGAGGCCGAGCUGCAGAGGGCGACGGGGAAUAAGAGCGGCCUUGGGGCGUUUCAAUCAGAACCAAUGAGCAUGGAGUCGUUCUGCUCCUGCGUGGAGGAGAUCCCCAUCAAAAUGGAGGCAGGAGAUGCCAGGAUAAUGACCCCUGACCCCAGCGUUGGCACGGAGAUGACGGGGAGUGUGAGCAGCAGCGACAGCAUUGAAGUGCUCGGGACUGAGAAGUCUUAUCAGACCCAGAAUGGAUCUGACAGCAGAGAAACCUCAGUCGGGAUGAAGGACUCCUCUUACAGGCGAGCUGCAGUAGAUUCAGGUGUCAGGCACGGCAGAGUGUACACCAGACGAACAAACAGCGAGGACAGCAUCGAGGUUCUGAGCACCACAGAGUCCAUCUUUCCUGACGACCUCACCGCCAUCACAGAGGAAGAGUCAGAGUACCAAGCUCUUAGUAAUGGCUUUGAGAAAGAGGAGGAAAUACCGGGAGAAUGUAAAUCCAACAAUGUCCUCAAGGAGGAUAACAUAUUGAAUCCAACCUCUUCAGUUACCAAGGAUGAAAACCAAGCGCAGGUUCAGGAAUAUGACGGUCGUGUUGACAGAGAAGAGACCUUAAAGCAAAACACCGUUAGUGGUGAGGUUUUAAUGAAAGAGGAGAAGGUCAUUGAAUGUUUGACGAGCAAUCAUGUGCAUGAAGACAACGGUUCUGAGAAGACGUCCAAACCACUGCCAGAUGAAGAAAUGGUGGAGUUGAUACCUCGCUGGUCUGGAGUCCAUCAGAAGGAGCGGUCGGUGCCUGACCUUCGUGUUAACUUUGCCCCGACUGUAGCUCUGGCAGAAGUCGAUCGGUGGUCUCCGCCCUGUGCUCCUCUCCGGCUGCUGAGCGUCGACGAGGCGUCCGACUGCACCAGCAUCAACGGCUCCACAGACCUGCCGUCUAAAAGUCAAAACGUUCACAGCAUCCCCCACUCACAUCAGAGGAGAAGGAGGAAGGCCGGACUGAGAGCCCUCAGGUUCCUUAAACAGAACUCCUUCUCCCAGCAUGCCUUGUUUUGUCUCCUGAGCGGCCGGCCGCUGGUCGUCAUCGGUGGUGACGAGAGUUUGGUCAGGAAACUGGUGGAUGCUCUGAGUCUCUUCCUGCCGGCUCCUGGUCCUGAUGGGAAUGCUGUGAAGGUGUGUCUGAACACACCGCUGCAACUGACCGACCUGCUCACCUGGAGACUGAUAGGAAUGCACAGAUCAUCCUCCAUCACCUCGGCCAGCAUCAUUCACUCUCUGACUCGCUACAGUCGUUACUUGGCGCUGUUGGACCUGGACCAGAGGACGCUGCGCUGUCCGUCGUACUCCGGCUCUCUCAUCAGCCGACUGGCCGACCCUCACUCCGGCAUCAGCCGGGGCAUCACCUACCUGCUGCACCUGGAGAGCUGCCUGACUGCACUGGCCAGUCAGGCGCUGCUGUGCACCUUUAAUCCUGCGUUACAGCGUCCAAACAAAUCUGGAGGGAAUGAUGCCUCAGAAGAAAAGGACUUCAUGUGGACGCGAGGAUUGUGCAGCAGUGAGAAUGAUUUGAAAGUGAUACACUUCCUGUGUGACCUCAUUAAACAGCGCCAUGCAGGACGUGGACCACCAGUUUUUGGAUUCUCUUACGACUCAAUGCACCUGCAUAAAAAUACAUUUACAGCAUAAACAAAUAAAGGACAAAAACUAGUAGACUAGUCAGGAAGAUAGACUAUAAUAUUACCUACAACUGUGCACUGAUUUAUCUAUAAUCUAAGCUGUGUUGUCCGACACUGAAGAAUCACGCUUUUAUGUUUUUAUCUGCGGUGAUGAUUUUUUUUCUAUGCAUGAUUUUUACUCCAUGAUGGUUUUGGUCAUAUAUCUAUACGUUAUUGGAUACAAAUGCACUAGUGCCCCUCUGGCACCGAAGACUUUUACUUAUGCUGGCAGACUUCACACAUGAAGUAUUCACUUUUAUUGGAGUGUGUUUUUAAAACUGAUGGCUUAUUACUGUUUGACAUGUGAACUGUUUUAAAUUAAGAUAAUUGAGCCGCAUUUAAACAAUGCUUAAUUUAAAGGGACAUUUCAGAUUGUUUGAAGUGGGGUUGUACGAGAAACAUAUCCAGAGUCAGUGGUGGCACAUCCCAGUCUGGAGAAACAGAUUGGUGUACCAGCUUAGAGGCAACGCAUUUACUGCUGAAGACGGGCAGCAGCAAAACCUUUUUUAGUCACCCUCAAAAUCAGUAUCAGUUUGAGUGUGUGCUGUCCUGGUUUUCAAACCAGGAACUAAAACUGUUUAGUACGCUGUCUUCAAUGUCACCAGUCAAAAAGGGAAAUUAGAAUUUCCUAAAUAAGGAAAUUGCUGGUUUAUGCUUCAUACAUCAGUUAGUUUUUGUGUUGCUGUCUCUUUGGUGACAAACUAAACACACCAAGGCAGCACAGUCAAGCAACUCCUAAAAUGACUCUUUAUGACAAUGGGGUCCGGUGGCUCUGAAGAGAGCAUUGAUAACAUCUUCAGAAAAGGGCUAUCUGAUGUCGAGGUAUUUCAAUGAUAAUAUCCUUAAUAUAGCCCUCUCUUCAAUUGACAUGAGUUAUUUUAAGGUGGCUAAUACUUGUCCCUGUCCUUGAGAGCAGAACAUCGCUUUGCUUCAGUGCUGGAGCUCGCUAAACUAAGGAGCGCCAACUACUGUUGGUUUAUACUGACUAUGGACAGGUGCCUCAUAAAACCCCACUUCAUUAAACAGGAAAUGCCGCCUUAAACUCUGAAUAGAAGCUGAUGACAGAGCCUUGUUUAACACUGUACUUUUAUUUGUGUUAUUUGUACUGUUGCAAAUAUGAGCCGAUUUAAAGGUUGCAUGCAUUUACUCUGAAAGUAAAAUCAUAUAUUUGACAUGGGGUUUAAAUGUGAAGCAACAUGAAGCAAUAAAAACACCGCAAACCGU